UGGCACACAUCGAACGGCUCACAUAAAAGGGGUUAAACCACGCCUCUAUCCAGAGCUUCUUCUCAUCUCUGCCAGAGACACACAGCUUCUGUUCCACACUUGUCUUCACAAGCUUUGUUAUUGUCCCUUUCCUCGUACCAAUGCUUAUGUGAGCACACGCGAUAACUACCUUGGCAUUGUUUUCUUGUCACAAUCGAAAUACUCAAUUGGGUCAACAGGGUUUCAUGAGCCCACUCCACUGUCCAGGGACACGGUCGCUGCUGUUGUUGACUUUGGUCUGUGUGAAGAAGAAUGUGAUGGUAGUGUUGUUUUUGAAGGAAGUGAAACGGUUGAUACCACCCCUGUUGUGUCCAAGGAGGAAUUGCCUCCUUGGGGAGAAGUAGAGCUGGAAGAUUGUGAUGUUGAAAUAAGAGAAGAAUUUGAUACAUCUUUAGUGUCCGAGGAGGAGUUGCAUUCUUGGGGAGAAGUAGAACUGGAUGAUGAUGAUGAUAGAGGUGUAGAAGGUGUUAAUGCAUAUUUUGUGUCCAAGAAAGAACUGACUCCUUGGGGAGAAGCAGAAGAAAUUGAUGGUGGUGUAGAUGACAACGCCGAGGACAAUGUUGAAAGAAGAGUGAACGGGGAAGCAUAUUUUGGGGCCAAGAAGGAAUUGCCUCCCUGGGGAGAAGUGGAAGAUGCGGCUACUGAUGAUUUUGACAACAGUGUUGAAAGAAGAGCAAAUGGGGUUGUAUAUUUUGGGGCCAAGGAGGAAUUGCCUCCCUGGGGAGAAGUAGAAGUGGAAGAAGAUGGACACCGUGAUUCUAGACCUGUUGAAACUACUCCAUCGGCUAUAGAGGGGAUAGGACUAAUGAAUGAGCACGGGGCGCUUUUUCUUGAGGAGUUGGAUGAGAAUGUGCUGUCUAGUAGGAUUUUGGUGCUUAGUAGAACUAACAAGAUUAGAAGUGCAAUGGAGUAUUUUAGGUCUAUGGAAUUAUCGGCUAUUUCUCCAAAUAUCCAUGCCUGUAAUUCUCUUAUUUCUAGCCUUAUGAGAAAUGGGUGGUUUGAUGAUUCAAUCAAAGUUUUCAAUUUUACUAGAGCAAAAGGGAUAACUACAGGGCAUACUUAUAGCUUGAUUCUUAUGGCACAUGCAAAAGCUCACGGUUGUGAUUCAGCUCUUAGAUUCUUCAGAGAACUAGAAAGUGAAUGUGAUGUGGAGAAGGAUUUUGAUGCAAUUGUGUACAACACCAUGAUAUCUACCUGCAGAAAUGUUGAAAAUUGGAGUGAAAUAGAAAGGUUGUGGAGGAGUAUGAAGGCAAACGGCUGUGCUGGUACGCGUGUCACGUAUCACCUAUUAAUCAAUAGUUUUGUACAAUGUGACCAAAGUGACCUUUCUCUUUAUGCUUACCGUGAAAUGGUUCAAAAUGGAUUUGAACCCGACAGCAAUACAUUGAAUGCUAUCAUUAGUGUAUGUGCUAAGGAGGGAAAAUGGGAUGCUUCAUUAAGUGUCUUUAACAAAAUGUUGAAGGAUGAGCUUAAGCCGAACUUAGUUGCGUGCAAUGCAUUAAUCAACUCACUUGGAAGAGCAGGGGAACUCAAGCAAGCAUUUCAGGUCUACAACACCAUGAAAUCUUUUGAACUUAAACCAGAUGCAUAUACAUUCAAUGCUCUACUAAGUUCUCUUAACAAGGCUGAUAGGCAUCACAAAGCUCUUGAGCUUUUUGAGAUGAUUGAAAGAGAUCAAACAUCUCAAUUCAAUAUACAUUUAUACAAUACUGUUUUAAUGUCUUGCUCAAAGCUUAGGUUGUGGGAUAAGGCUAUAGAAAUUUUGUGGCAGAUGGAAGCUUAUGGACUGUCUGAUUUGACAAUGUCUUAUAAUCUUGUCAUCAGGACCUGUGAGCUUGCAAGGAAGCUAACAAUUGCACUGCAGGUGUACAAGCACAUGGUUCACCAGAAGUGCAGUCCAAACAUAUUUACUUAUCUGUCCGUGAUUAGAUGCUGUGUUCGUGGAAAUCUCUGGGAAGAGUUAGAAGAAAUCCUAAAUCAGACCAUGCCAAAUGCCACUCUUUAUAACGCAGCUGUUCAAGGGCUGUGCUUACGUAAAAAUGAUGACUUGGCAAAUAAGGUCUACGCAAAAAUGCUAGAAAGUGGUUUUCAACCUGACGUCAAAACACAAGUACUUAUGCUUCGUAUGAUAAGGAAAAGGAAGUAGCCAGUAGUCUAUUAAUUGUUAUAACUAACACAACAGUUUUGAAACGAUAACCAAAAGGAGUGUAAUAUCCCUGAUUUUUUACUUCUUGGCGGCUUUCACACUACGGUACUUCACGUAGUGACACUUUACGGUCAGAACUCUCUACCGGUAAGAACCUUCCGUAAGUAGUCAUUUCUGAGAUCUCAAAAAUCAAUUUUGUCUGUUUCUAGGAUCAAAGACUGAAUCCACAGAUCAACAACACAACAAUUUUCAGUAUGCUUUGUUUUUGCUCAAACGUUUUUCGGAAAAUUUCCCAAAAGGUCAUUCAUUUCAUAACUACUCCAAGCUGCUUAACUAUGAAGUUCUUAAGUGAUGGGUUAUCGAAAAGUAGAUGCAUCUUGUUAGUAUAGAUAGUACCAAUUAAUUCUUUUAAGGCAUCUUCAGUUGUGCAAUCUCAUGCUUGCACAAUCUCUAGAUCUCUUUCAUUCUAGUGUGAUUCGAUCGAGGUGUUACAAGAAGAUAUCAGAGUCAAUUGAAUCAGGGAACAAAUUCAAUAGUAAAUAUUUUUUUGGGUCUUGGGAGAGAGAAUAACAGACAAAAUGUUACUGUAAGUUUGUAAUAACUAUAUAGUUAUCAUCCGCGCACUCUUUUCUUUCUUUCUUUUUCCUUUGGUAUUGAGGGUUGUAAAGAAGCUUCUUGUUUGAUAUGUAUGUAAAUGAUGUAAAUGCCCAAGUCUUGUACUUAUUUUCCUGUUAAAUUCAAGAUUUCUAGUAAAGUGUUUGGACUUAGCAGUUGUCUCU